AUGUCGAAAAAGAGUAGAUUCUCACCGUUUUUGAAACAGUGUUUCGUGUCAGCCUCAGUGUGCAGCAACAUCAUCGGGCAUGGCUGUGUGAUCGGGUACCCUGCCAUCCUGCUGCCACAGCUCAGCAGACCAGACACGGAAAUUAGUCUAUCUCUAUCUAAAGCGUCAUGGAUAGCUGCAUCUUUAGGGAUUACACAAUUAAUCGGCAGCUUCGUGUCGCCGCCUAUCAUGGAGAGCUAUGGUCGCAAGAUAUGUCACCUCGCUGUCACUAUCCCUGUGCUCAUAGGGUGGUUUAUCACCAUAUUGGCAACUAGUUUCGAGGGUUUACUUAUUGGAAGAAUACUUCAAGGCCUAUCAAUUGGGAUGCUGUCACCGCUUCGGUCAGCACUAAUCGGAGAGUACGCUAGUCCCAAGAAUAGAGGAGCCUUUCUCACUUUGGUCUCCCUUUCUCAGGCUUUCGGUAUACUCUUCGUACAUCUUCUGGGUUCCUUCAUCAGUUGGCAGCAGACAGCUCUAGUCUGCGUCUUCUUUUCAUUUAUCAGCUUGGUUUUGACUAUAUAUUCCCCGGAAUCACCUAGUUGGCUGGCUGCUAAAGGUCGUUACGAGGAGUGUCGGUACGUCUUUCGCUGGUUAAGAGGAGACGAGGAAGAUGACGAACUAGAAGAAAUGAUAAGUGCCAGAAUUAUGUUUGAAAAAGCAAGCCUGGCUCAAAAAACUGGUAAACAACCGAACCGUGUAAAAACAGCAUUAGCGACAAUUGAGAAAAAAGAGUUUUAUAAACCGAUUAUUAUAAUGAUACACGCAUAUGUUAUGGUACAGUUCGGUGGAGGCACCACAAUGGCAGCUUACUCCACGAAAAUAAUCACUCUUAUCAUGGGUCCAGGUGUCAAUCCUCAUUUCUGGAUGAUAUUUUUGGAUACACAGAGAUUUAUUUCAAAUACACUCGCAGUGUUCCUCAUCAACAAGAUGAAAAGACGAACCAUGUUGUUCCUGACUGGUGGACUUUGUGUCAUCUCACAACUUCUUAUAUCUGGCUACGUUUAUUUAAAAAAUAACAACAUGCUGCCAUAUGACCACGUGUGGAUCCCCGCACUGCUGAUUAAUAUACAGUUCUUCACUGUAGCUACGGGAAUGCUGCCACUUCCUAAUGUCAUAGGCGGAGAGGUGUUUCCCCUAGAAUACAGGAGUAUUGGAGGCAGUAUCAGCUUGGCAAGCACUUCACUAUUCUUCUUCAUAGUAUUAAAAACGUUCCCAGGGUUGGUAGCCAGUGUCGGUAUUACUGGAACUUAUAUAAUUUACGCUGGUCUUCUGACUUAUUGUUUAAUAGUGAUCUUAGCUUUACUACCUGAGACAAAAGGCAAGACAUUACAACAGAUUGAGGAAGAAUUCCGGGGCAGGCCGCUGGCACCAAAAGAGGUUGAGGAGAAGAUGAUCUGGCAAUCGUGUCCUGUUCUUAGCUAUAAGAGAAAAUUAUCAGCAAGAAGAUGUAGUACUCCGUUACUGCAUUAG